GCGCCCUUCCCAGCGGCUCCCGCGCUCGCAGCGCGCCCGGCGCAGAGGGGGCUGCACCACUGGCCCAGCCUCGGGUGGGGAGCGGGCACGGAGCGGGCUCUUCUUCACCCACUGCCGCCGCCCCUGCGCCUAUCCUGAGCACACAGUCUGCGGCUGCCGGUGAACUCGGGCGACGUGUUGCCAAAGCGACUCUGGGGCCCACCGCGCUCCCCGCGGCCCGACGCGCUCCGCUAUCCCCCCUCCCCGCUGCUGGGGAUGGUUCGUCCCGCGGCCCAGCCCGGCCUCUGAGGGGGCCGCGGCCGCCAUUUUGUGCGGCGCCAGCGGAGAGCAGAGGCCGGCGCGCGGCCGAGGCGUAACUGCCAGCAAAGAUGUCGGAGUAUAUCCGGGUGACGGAGGACGAGAACGAUGAGCCUAUCGAGAUCCCCUCGGAGGACGACGGCACCGUGCUGCUGUCCACCGUGACGGCCCAGUUCCCCGGGGCCUGUGGGCUGCGCUACAGAAACCCAGUGUCACAGUGCAUGAGGGGGGUCCGGCUAGUGGAAGGCAUUCUGCAUGCCCCUGAGGCCGGCUGGGGAAACCUGGUCUAUGUGGUUAAUUAUCCUAAAGAUAACAAGAGAAAAAUGGAUGAAACAGAUGCAUCAUCAGCUGUCAAAGUGAAACGAGCAGUACAGAAGACUUCAGAUUUAAUAGUCUUGGGUCUUCCCUGGAAAACCACUGAACAAGACUUAAAGGAAUAUUUCAGUACAUUUGGAGAAGUUCUGAUGGUGCAGGUUAAGAAGGACAUUAAAACUGGCCACUCUAAAGGCUUUGGCUUCGUUCGGUUUACGGAUUAUGAAACCCAGGUGAAGGUCAUGUCUCAGCGGCACAUGAUCGAUGGAAGAUGGUGUGACUGUAAACUCCCCAAUUCUAAGCAAAGUCCCGACGAACCUUUGCGCAGCAGGAAGGUGUUUGUCGGGCGCUGCACUGAGGACAUGACAAAAGAGGAACUCCAGCAGUUCUUUGCCCAGUAUGGGGAAGUGGUAGAUGUCUUCAUUCCUAAACCCUUCCGAGCUUUCGCGUUUGUUACAUUUGCAGAUGAUCAGGUUGCCCAGUCUCUUUGUGGAGAGGACUUGAUCAUUAAAGGAAUCAGCGUACAUAUAUCCAAUGCUGAACCUAAGCACAAUAGCAAUAGACAGUUAGAGAGAGGUGGAAGGUUUGGUGGUAAUCCAGGGGGCUUUGGGAACCAAGGGGGGUUUGGCAACAGCAGAGGUGGCGGGGGAGGGCUGGGUAACAACCAGGGCAACAACAUGGGUGGAGGAAUGAACUUCGGGGCCUUUAGCAUCAACCCUGCCAUGAUGGCAGCGGCGCAGGCAGCCCUGCAGAGCAGCUGGGGCAUGAUGGGCAUGCUGGCCAGUCAGCAGAACCAGUCGGGGCCGUCGGGGAACAACCAACCACAAGGCAACAUGCAGCGGGAGCAGAAUCAGGGCUUUAGCUCAGGCAAUAACUCCUAUGGCGGCACCAACUCAGGGGCAGCCAUAGGCUGGGGCUCAGCCUCCAACCCGGGCUCCAGCAGCGGGUUUAACGGAGGCUUUGGCUCCAUGGAUUCCAAGUCGUCAGGCUGGGGGAUGUAGAUGCAGUGGGCUCUGAUACUGACUCUAUGGUGGGAAAUGAGAUUUUUCUAACUCCUGGUAAGUAUCCUGUAAAUGACAUAUAUGCUCCCUUUGUUCAGUGUGCACUAUAGGCAGCAGUAUUUUUGACAUUUUUCUUUUUUUUUAAAAAAAAGCUUAAAAAAAAAAAAAGGUAAAAGGAGUUUUAUAGGUUUUGUUACAUUUUCUUGUUGGGAUACUGAAUGUUUGGAAGUGGACUGCUGUUUGCCCCCUAGGUGAACUAACACUACAAGUCAGUAGGAAAGAUUUCUCCUGUAAUACUUUAUCCUUUGUUCCUGGCUACCUGAAUUCUUUGCAUGUUCAAAAUGGAAACCAUUGGUCAGAAACAGCAUUCUCUCCCUCUUGUUUUUAAUUUGAUCCCACCAUAAGACUCUCCGCGUGCCCCGGCUGGAGAACACGGUGUCCUUUUUGUUCUGGUUGUUUUGGUUUUGUUUGUUGUUUUUUGUUAACACUGUCUCCCCUCCAUACUAAAGUA